CCUCGUAACCCCUAAAAAAAAUAACCUCUCCCCCGCAAAAAGGAAAAGAAAAGGGAAGCAGAUCGAACCCUCUCGUCGGCAUUUCGCCGAGCACACGGCAUGCUGUCGCUCCGGCGCAUCCUCCGCCUCCCCGUGUCCUCCUCCCGCGGCCCCCGCCGCCUCCUCUCAUCCCACCGCCGCGCUCCAGCGCACCCGGCCGCGGCCACCGGGGACGACGAGUGGAACGACGCGUGGGAGACCGCAUGGCUCCCGGGCGACUCCCCCGCCUCCUCCCCGGCACCCGCCGCGCCGUGGGAGUCCCCCACCUCGGAAGCCGCCGCGGCCACCGUCCCGGCCGUAUCCGCCGAGGUGGACCCUGACACGAAGGCCUUCGUCGCCGACAUGGACGAGCGCUGGGCUGAGCGCCGCGCCGCGACGAGGCGGCUGCGCGCUCCUUCUCGCCCCACGGCCGCCGAGGGAGCGGGCGGCGCCGGGGCGAAGAAGGCAGGGGCGGACGAGUACAGGACGAGGAAGCAGCGCGUGCACGCUGCGCUUUGGGUGAAGGAGAUCGACAAGAUGGAGGAGGCGCGCCUCGGCGGCGGCGGCGGUGGCCGCGGGGCGGCCGACGACAUCGACCGGCUUCUUGACUCGUGCUCAGAGAUCUUUGAUUCCGGCAACGCUGAUUUUGGCGAUUCAAAGAUUCCAGGCACCGGUGAGAUCAAAACCAAGCCGGAUGGUUGGGAGACUACCUCGAGGGGUCAGGACGGUAACAUAUGGGAGAUCUCACAGCGCGAGGAGGACAUUCUUCUCCAAGAAUUUGAGAGGCGCAUUGCUUUCAGCAAACAGCAGAUUGCUAGCUUCAUCAAAACUCACAUAUUUAGUCGAAGACGGCCUAUCGACGGAUGGAAGUACAUGAUUGAAGAAAUCGGCCCCAAUGCGAGGAAAGGGAAGGGGAGCGUACAGAGGCUACCAAGUGUGACUGAUCCGGCCACGCAGCCGUUCAGGGAGGAAUCGCCUGUAAUUGCGUCUGCUGGUGGUUCCUCCUCUGGUCCUCCCCCCUUCAGAGGAAACCGACAUUACUGAUGUUCAGUAUGCAUGCAAUCCCCUGCCGAUUUUCAUUGCACACAUCCAGGCUUUGUGGCUCCAGAAGUGCACUGGUGGCUAGAUUCCUUGUGGAGAAACUUUGUGUAUUUUCUGGGUCAUAUAUGCUUCCUUGUGCUAAAAAAAAAACUCAGCAACGCCAUCGCUCUGCCACUCGGAGGCCAAUCUUUUGCUACAUGCUAGGGUUAAGAUGAUAUUUUCAGCAGAGAUGUAAUUGUGGAGGAAAUGAUGGAAAGGCAUAUCCAGACCACAUGCAUUUUGAUGCACACAAGAAGAAUAUCUAGAGUGAGUAAAAUUUCGAGGGCAAA